AUGUCCCUGGAUGAAAUGAAAGAUCUCCAGCUGGUGGGAAAAUACAUACAACCAGAAACCAGGGAAGUGAAUGGAGUCCUUAUGACCAAGAUAAUGAGUGAUAAUUGGGACAAAAUCUGGAAUUUCCAAGCAAAACCUGAUGAUCUUCUCAUUGCAUCCUAUGCAAAGUCAGGCACAACCUGGACACAAGAAAUUGUGGACAUGAUCCAAAAUGAUGGAGAUGUGCAGAAGUGCCAGAGGGCCAACACCUUUGACCGUCAUCCUUUCAUUGAGUGGACUCUACCUCCGCCCCUCAACUCAGGUCUGUAUCUGGCCAGCAAAAUGCCUUCUCCUAGAACUUUGAAGACUCACCUGCCUGCUCAGUUGCUACCACCUUCUUUCUGGAAAGAAAAUUCAAAGAUUAUCUAUGUGGCUAGAAAUCCAAAGGACUGUCUGGUGUCCUACUACCAUUUCUCAAGAAUGACUAAAAUGAUGCCUGACCCUGGUUCAUGGGAGGAGUAUAUUGAGUCAUUCAAAACUGGAAAAGUGCUGUGGGGCUCCUGGUAUAACCAUGUGAAGGGAUGGUGGGAUGCGAAAGACAAGCAUCGUAUUCUCUACCUCUUCUAUGAGGACAUGAAGGAGGACCCAAAGAGGGAAAUUCAGAAGAUAUUGAAGUUCCUAGAGAAAGAAAUGCCAGAAGAAGUCCUGAAUAAAAUCCUCUAUCACACCUCCUUCGACGUAAUGAAGCAAAACCCAAUGGCCAACUACACCACUUUGCCCACCAUCCUCAUGGACCAAUCUAUCUCCCCUUUUAUGAGGAAAGGGAUGCCUGGGGACUGGAAGAACUAUUUCACUGUGGCCCAGAAUGAAGAAUUUGACAAGGACUACCAGAAGAAGAUGGCAGGGAGCACCCUGACCUUCCGCACAGAGAUCUGAGGGCAAGAGGAUCUCCUUCCUAGAUUUUAGACAUGUGAGCGUCAUAAUCAAGGAUACUUAAAACUACCACACACCCAUCCUCUAAUCCUGAUCUUUCCUACACUACCCACAGUUCUAUGCCACUAUGAUAUACUUCAUCCCAGUAUAAUCAAAUCCUGGGUAGAAGUUUGAUGAAAUAAAGUCUUGAGUAGAAGUUUAAAAUUAAAUAACGUGACCAUUCACAUAGACAAUUAUCUUUUGUGUAACACUAAUCUAGGCACCAUGCAGUGAUGCAGAGGAAGGAAAGAUUAUGAUUCCUGGCCACUACACAAUAUUUCAUGUGGCCAUAAAUCAAAGAGCUGAAAUAUAAACCAAGGAAUUCAGAAUACUUUUUAUUCUCUCCCUAAAUAUUAAAAAGUCCUGUCUUCUGCAAAUAAGAAUUAUGGCCAGGGUCUUUGUCUUCUGCCUUUGUCCCUUUUAUUUGAGAUAUCCAUGCUCAUUUUGUAAGUUUCAAGUAGAUAUUGAUGCCCCCCCUUCUCUCUUUUUCCCUCCAGUGCUGUGGGGCUCCUGGUAUGACCGUGUGAAGGGAUGGUGGGAUGUGAAAGACACAUGACAUAACCCCAUCACUAGCUCGCAAUAGCCUGGCUGUACAGACGCAGAAUUCAUGAAAGCAGAGAAAUAAAUAAUAAAACUUCAACACAAGAGAAAGUGAACAAGAAGCAGAGGAGAAGUGAAUGCUAUGAAGAAUGCAUAAGGGGAACCAGGGUUUAUCCUUAACCAAUAAGAAUGAAACACAGAAGAUGGUCCAGCUCUUGGAGGUAUUAGGUUAUGAGACACAGAUAGUGCUAGUGAGCUGUGCCUGAUUCAGGCAGUCUCAAGCUGGAUAUGGUCUCAAGACCAAAGAGAAGGGCCAGAGUGGGAAUGACUGAUGAGCAGCACAUGACAAACAAUAAACAGUUCACUUCUGAGGCCAACACAAAGCUGGAAGGCAGAAAAUAUUUAUAUUUCAGAUGGGCUAGAAAGGGGGGGGGGGGAAAUCCUUAAAUUAGUCUUCCCUCCCCCAAAUAAAAUAAAAUACCAGCACCACAUGCACUUCAAGAAAAUCUUAACUAUGAAGAUCACAUUUCAUGCUUCUUAAAAAGAGGCUCUUAGGGGGUGCCUGGGUGACUCAGUGGGUUAAAGCCUCUGCCUUCGACUCAGGUCAUGAUCCCAGCGUCCUGGAAUCGAACCCCGCAUCGAGCCCUGCAAUGAGCCCCGCAUCGGGCUUUCUGCUCAGCAGGGAGCCUGCUUCCCUUCCUCUCUCUCUGCCUGGCUCUAUGCGUACUUGUGA